AUGGGUACCUGUACGAUCACCGCUGCUGAAUUGAAAGGGGCGAUUGAAGGACUCAGAAUUGCUUGGGACAAGGGGCAUAUGAAGGUACAACUUCACCUGGACUCUAUGACAACUAUUUCCAUCAUGAAGACGAGCGAGGAUGAUAGCCAUCGGCACGGAUUUCUUUCCCAACAAUUUCGUCAGCUCCUGAAUAGGAACUGGGGAAUUAGUAUCUCCCAUGUUCAUAGGGAAUGUAAUUUUGCGGCCGAUUACCUUGCUGGUAAAGGUCAUGGGGCCACUUUUGGGACACAUCUCUUCGAUGUGAGUGAUCCGGGGUUAAAUCGUUGGAUUACGUAUGAUGUAAUGGGCAUUGCCCAAACUCGUUCAAUUAGUUAUGUUAAUUAG